AUGGAGAUUCGCUCUAUUUCGAGUGCCUUCAUUCACCUGGAGGCCUUGAAACCGCUCGUCAACCUGGAUUUCGACGCUAGAGUACCUGUCCCGUUCAGCGUCUUCCCAUCAUCAUACAAAAACGAGCAGGCAUCCGCCGAGACCACUGAGGUCAAGAGCGAAGAACGCAUCACAGUCCAAGACGCUGGACGGGAAGGCCGAUACCAACAAUCGCAAGCCAUCCCUUCCCGUCGAGACGACAACAACCGCUACACGCGUGAGGACGUUCGCAUCACCGAAGAAGACCGCUACCGUCGAGAGCCCGAUCGACGCCGUGUAAGAAUCGAAGAGGACGUCCGCGUGCACGAAGACGACCGCUUCCGAGAUCGUCGCGACACCCGCAUCGAAGUCGAUCGCGAGAGAAGCUACCGUGAGCCAUACUCACGCUACACCAACGCUCAGAUCGACGUUGAGGACAAGACCUACGACCGCGAGUACAACAGCCGUCAUACUCCAGCCACUCAAGUCGACUACGAUAGUCGUCUUGACGUCGUUGAAGACCAGUACCGUCAACGCACUACUCCUUUCACCCAGGAGUACCGUUCAGAGCGUACCUGGCAAGACAAGUCCACCUCGCCCCGCGACUACCCAGCCGCCGGCUAUCCAGAGCGUGAGCCCGUAGCCUUCGACGAGAAGAAGGUCACUGUCACCGAAGAACGCACGGUCGAUCCACUGCGCACCAGCGAUCGUAAACACCGUCUUGAUAUGGGAUAUUACGACGAGGACGGCCAUUAUCAUAGUUUCCGCCACGGCCUUCACCGCGCCGCCGACCGCAUCCUGUACGGACCCCAGCAACACGAAGAUCGCCACCAUCAUCAUCACCACUCCGACCGCCACGAGGACCGCGAGGAGACUGUAGUCGAAGAACGCGAGACCACUACCAUGUCUUCCCCACGCUACAGCAGCGAGGAGCGCAUCUCCGUCUCUCGCGGAGCCGGGAUCCCAAACACCAUCACCAUCCCAUGUCACCACAUCCGCAUCGGCGAUCUCCUGAUCUUGCAAGGUCGUCCGUGCCAAGUCAUCCGCAUCACCACCUCCGCUCAGACUGGUCAGCACCGAUACCUCGGCGUCGAUCUCUUCACCAAGCAAUUGCAUGAGGAGAGCAGCUUCGUCAGCAACCCAUCUCCUUCCGUCAUUGUCCAGAACAUGCUGGGACCGGUGUUCAAGCAGUACCGUGUCUUGGACAUCCGUGAUGAUGGUCGUGUGGUUGCUAUGACUGAGACUGGGGAUGUUAAGCAGGGUCUGAGGGUGCUUGAUCAGUCGAGCUUGCUUGGACGGUUGACUGAGAGCUUUAACAAUGGUCGUGGUUCGGUUCGUGUUUUGGUGAUCAAUGAUGAGGGGAGGGAGUUGGCUGUGGAUUACAAGGUUGUGCAUGGCAGCCGCUUGUAG